GGGCAUGGCAUUGAACUGGGGGAAAGCCAGGAAAGAGCUAUUCCCGCCCCAGUUUGGCCCUUUAAUGGUUAAAGCCACGGAUAAAUCAUUCCUAGAGAGGAAGAAGGAAGUGAGCACCCCAUGGGGGAAAUCCCCAGGCUGGGCACCUUCCUGUCCGUUCUCUUUUGUGUUCCUCAGUGGUGGGAAAGAAUGGGAGACCCAUCCCUGUGAGUUAGAAAGGUGCGAGAAGCUUUUGCCAGAAGUGGGGGAAAGAUUUCAGCUUCCAUGUGACCCUUCUUUGGCCAGAGACUUGCCGCUGACUGAGAGGCAACACUCCAUCACAUGUUCCCAGGAACCUCAUUCUUGUGCUGACCCACAAAUUAACAGGGGAAACGUUUUGUCCCUUACACAGAAGACGACUGAGGGACAUCUCCCUGUGAGUGAAAAUGGCUGCAGAGCAGGGAGCAGAAAUCCCAGCAGCCUCUCUGGGUCUCCAGCUCCAGUUGGCACCAGAGGCCGGUGCGAAGCCAGGAAUUAAAACGGAGCAGGCGGAAUUGGCAAGGCUGGCGCCAGAGAUGACACUGGAAGGGACUGUCUGUCUUGGGGGCACAGAGGGACUGCAUCCGAGCCAGACGGAGCCACAACGUAUCAAAGAGGAGUCGGAAGAGGAGCUCUCGUCCCGGCAAUGGGAAGCCCAGUGGCAGGAAUUCCUCCGGACUGUGCAGGCCCCACACUCUGGGGGAGAAGGAAGCCCACAGCUCCUAGGGGAUGGGGCAUGGGGCGAGGCAAAGCCUUCUGGGUCCUCCUUUGAGGGAGCAGCCAUUCCCAGCCAGUGGGCUGGAGCAGGAGACAGCAAGACCAGUCUCCCUCUAGGAACAGCUCAACCGGUCACUUCCAGACCAGCCGCUGCCAGCCAGGGAAACAUCGGGCAAGCAAAGGAAAUCAAGAUGGAGGAUGUCAGCAGCUCUGAGGCUCGUCGCCAGCUCUUCAGGCAGCUCUGCUACCAGGAUGCCCAGGGCCCUCGCGAGGUCUACGGCCUCCUGAGGGAGCUUUGCCUACAGUGGCUGAGGCCAGAGAAGCACACCAAGGAGCAGAUCCUGGACCUGGUGAUCCUGGAGCAGUUCCUGGCUGUGCUGCCCUCGGAAAUGGGGAGCUGGGUGAAGGAGCGAGGCUCAGAGGGCUGCGUCCAGGCCCUGGCCCUGGCAGAGGAAUUCCUCCUGAGGCACCAGGAGGCGGAGAAAGCAGGACAGCAGGGACUGAGGACCAUUGCAGAGGCGGCUGCUUGUGUCACCGAAGGAGAAAAGCAGGGAAGCUCAGAGGGCUGCGUCCUUGCCCUGGCAGAGGAAUUCCUCCUGAGGCACCAGGAGGUGGAGAAAGCAGGACAGCAGGGACUGGGGGCCAUUGAAGAAGGGGCAGUGUGCACUCCCAAAGAAGAACGUUCCUUGCUGGAUCCAGGCCGAAGACUUGAGACCAGGGAAGUCCUGCAGAAUUAUGAAAACAAGGCCCCUUUGGAUUGCUGGCAGGUAGAUGAACGCCAAGAGGGAAACCCUUCACUUGAGAGAGCCAUGGAAGGGGCGACUUUGCAGAGCUGCGUCCAAAGGAGAACAGCAGAGAAGACACCUUCCUGGGGCGAGGAGCGGGAAGAGACUUCCGAGCAUCAGCCGAGACCAAGAAAGCAGCAGAGGAACCGCCCCAAGAACAGGCUGAGCAAGUCUAUCUCUUGCACCGUCCACCUUCUUCAGCACCCGUGGACCCAAGAGGCCACGAAACUGCACCAGUGCUCUUACUGCGGGAAGAACUUUGACGGCCCGUCGCACCUGAUCAUCCACGAGAGGAAGCACACCGGGGAGAAGCCCUAUAGCUGUGCCACAUGCGGGAAGAGCUUCAGCCGCAAUUGGAGCCUGGUCAUGCACGUGAUGACCCACACAGGCGAGAAGCCCUACAAGUGCUCAGCCUGCGGGAAAGGCUUCCGGCAGAAGUCCGCACUCACCAUCCACGAGAGAACCCACACGGGGGAGAAGCCCUACAAGUGCUCAGCCUGCGGCAAAAGCUACAUGUGCAACUCGCGCCUCGUCGCACACGGCAAGAAGCACUCCAAGGAGAAGCCCUAACAGUGUCCCUCGUACGGGAAGAACUUCCGCUGCAACUCCCAGCUCGUCCAGCACCAGAGGGUCCACACGGAGGGGAAGCUGUAGAAGCGCUCUUGUCUGCGGGAAGAGCUCCAGCUACAAGUCAGACCUUCUCUGACAUAAGAGAACCCACCGUUAGAGGGGGGUUUUCUUCUGGUGGCGGACGACAGAACCAUGAGACCGGUGUAAAACACUCAAACGAAGGUUUUAUUACAGCUAUACAAAACAACAAACACAAAGCAUGUUGGUGUUAUCUCUCUGCAGGCAAAUUCAAACUGCAAUUUCUCCUCUUUUGAUACUCAUCACCAGCUGUACCUAAUCAGCCUAGAAAACCACUCACAGAAACAGUUCUUAAAGUUACAAUCAUUUUUUCUGUAUGACUCCUAACACCCCCUCUCAUUCAAACAGAUACAGAAACAAAACAGUACUUUAAACAUAUACAAAACAUAUUUAUACAUCAUGCACAACAAUUCCUAAUUUUGUCACUAGCUGUGCAUGUUUCUCAAAAGUUAGUGCUUUCGUAAAUAUAUCAGCCACAUUUUACAUGCUCUCACAGUAUUUCAGCAUUAUCAGGUUUUGUUUAACAUUUUCACUUACAUUCUGAUCUUUAAUCUCCAAAUGUUUUGAUUUACUGUUGAACUGAUCAGGCCCAGACAAAGUUAUUACAGCUUGAUUUUCUUCCCAUAUUUGAACUGGAUAAUCACAUUGUAUAUCUAAAUCAUUGAGGAUUUGAACGUAAUAUUUUAUUUCAUUACACAACUCCGAUAAAGCACAGUAUUCAGCCUCUGUUGAAGACGUGGUCUCGAUUCGUUGCUCUUUGGACUUCCAACCUAUCAAGGAAUCCCCAAAUUGAAACACCAUGCUGGAAAUGGAUUUUCUAUCAGGCAGGUUGGCCCAAUCGCUGUCAAUGUAACACUGCAAUUUUGUAGACCCUGAAGAUGGUAAUCUUAAACAAUAAUCAAGUGUAAGUUUUAGAUACCAGAAAAUACGUUUUAAACCCUUCCAGGCAUUUUCUGUGGGGUAGCUUACAAGUCUGCUCAGUAUUCCAACUGCAUAACUCAAAUCUGGUCUGUUCCACAAUGAAAUGUAUAAUAAACUUCCAACUAUUGAAUGGUA